UGGCCUGUUUUGAACCACUGCAGGACUGCAGCCAAUUCAAAAGACUGUGUUUGAACAUUUCAGCGGCAGUCAUUUUACAUUACACACUGUGACGACUGUCGAGCCAGGCACAUUCAGGCAGUAAUGGAAGACUACUUGAAAAUAGAGAAAAUUGGAGAAGGUACCUAUGGGGUUGUUUAUAAGGGCCGGCACAAGGCUACAGGGCAGGUUGUGGCCAUGAAGAAGAUCCGUUUGGAGAGUGAGGAGGAGGGGGUUCCCAGCACUGCUGUCAGAGAGGUCUCUCUGCUUCAAGAGCUCAAGCAUCCCAACGUUGUACGUCUCCUAGAUGUCCUGAUGCAGGAGUCUCGUCUCUAUCUCAUCUUUGAGUUCCUGUCCAUGGACCUGAAGAAGUACCUGGAUUCAAUACCCUCCGGCCAGUACAUGGACCCUAUGCUGGUCAAGAGCUACCUGUACCAGAUCUUGGAGGGAAUUUAUUUCUGUCACUGUCAUCGAGUCCUUCACCGGGACUUGAAACCCCAAAACCUACUGAUCGACAACAAGGGAGUUAUCAAACUGGCGGACUUUGGCCUGGCUCGUGCCUUUGGUGUUCCUGUAAGGGUCUACACCCAUGAGGUUGUAACUCUUUGGUACCGGGCCCCAGAGGUCCUCCUGGGUUCACCCCGUUAUUCAACCCCUGUUGACGUUUGGAGCACCGGAACCAUCUUUGCUGAACUUGCCACCAAGAAGCCUCUGUUCCACGGAGACUCGGAAAUAGACCAGCUCUUCAGGAUCUUCAGGACUCUGGGGACCCCAAACAAUGAUGUGUGGCCAGAAGUAGAGAGCCUACCAGACUACAAAAACACCUUCCCUAAAUGGAAGCCUGGUAACCUCUCAUCGAUGGUGAAAACUCUGGAUAAGAAUGGUCUUGAACUUCUGGCGAAAAUGUUGAUCUACAAUCCUCCUCAGAGGAUCUCAGCACGGGAGGCCAUGACUCACCCAUACUUUGAUGACUUGGACAAAUCCACCCUGCCUGCUGCCAGCAUCAACAAAGCCUGAAGCACAUACAACUACAUUCAUACUCAUUGUGAAUUAUCAUUCUGUAAAUACUUCUGUGUGGAAAAUUCGUGUAGACCUUUUAGUAAAGUUUUGUCUGCCAGUAAUGUCUGUUCAAUUAAACUGCACUUUCUGUGAUUCCUCUAACUUUACACUUCAUGCAUAACAUUUGCCCAAAAAUAAAGGGCAUGACAUAGUAGAAAUGUAUCUAUUUCUGACAUGUUUUUUUCAAAAGGAAUUUUUUUGUUCUGUGUCUCUGUUAAUCACUCAUUUAUCUCUUAUUUGUCAAAUAUGUAAAAGAAAACCACAGCAAUAUUUAUACAUCUAAAUCGGUCUUGUGUUCUUGUAAAACGUUUUCUACUGCUUGAUGAUGCGUCCUACUCUCUGGUUAUUCUUAUUUCCAUGAUAAAGCUCUCUGGAAUUUUU